AUGCCUAUCGAGACUCAGCUUACUUCGGCACUGGGCCUGCGUGUCCCUCUUGUUAUGGGUGGAAUGCAGUGGGUUGGCACACCUCGCCUUGCUGCCGCUGUUUCGAACGCCGGUGCGCUCGGUAUGAUCACGUCGCUGACGCUGCCGUCGCCCGAGGAACUCAAGGAGGGCAUCGCACUCGCCCAGUCGCUCAUUGACCCCGAGAUUGCCAAGGAGCGCUCCAAGUAUGGCGCGAUCGGUGUGAACAUCACGCUGCUCCCUGCGAUCGUGACGCCGGACUAUGAGGGCUACGCGCGCGCGGCGCUCGAGGCCGGUGUCCGCAUCUUUGAGACGGCCGGCAGCAACCCCGGCCCUGUGAUCAAGAUCCUGAAGGAGGCCGGUGCGUACGUGAUCCACAAGUGCACGUCGGUGCGCCACGGACUCACGGCGCUGCGUCUCGGCGCCGACAUGCUGAGCAUUGAUGGGUGCGAAUGCGCGGGUCACCCCGGUGAGGACGACGUCGGUGGACUGGUGCUUCUUGCGCUCGCUUCCGAACAGGUCAAGGCGCCGUUUAUUGCUUCGGGCGGUGUCGCGAACGGCCGUGGCCUGGCUGCGGCGCUUGCCCUCGGUGCGCAGGGCGCCAACAUGGGCACGCGCUUCAUGGCGACCAAGGAGAGCGAGAUCCACGACAAGGUCAAGGAGAAGAUCGUCAACUCGGGUGAGCGCGACACGGUGCACAUCCUGCGUACGCUGCGCAACACGACGCGUGUCUUUAAGAACAGCGUCGCGAAAGAGGUCGUGCACCUCGAGAGUAAGGGCGCCGAGUUCAAGGACAUCCUGCCUCUUGUCUCGGGUGCGCGUGGCCGCACCGUGUACACGCUCGGCGACCCCGAGGCGGGUAUUUGGACCGCGGGCCAGACCGUUGGCCUGAUCAACGACAUUCCUUCCUGCCAGGAGCUAGUCAGCCGCAUCGAGCGCGAGGCCGAGGAGCACAUUCGCACUUGUGCUGCAAUGCUCAAGCCGGCGCGUGCGCGUUUGUAG